CUCAUCGAAAGCGUCGAAGCAACCAAAUCGCAUCGAACACCCGAUAAAUCGGCGGCUGCUCGAAAAAAUAUAUCCAGCUACUUCAUAUAGGCCAGCCAACUACCCACCUUAAACUAAACCGAAACUAAACUAAAGCUAAACUCGACUAAGUAAACGAAAUAACUGAAACUGAGGCCAGAGGCUGUUACAACUUUUACUAUUAGCCAAGUUAGACCAACAAAAAUAGAGGGGCAAACCCAACCAGACCAAGCAAAAUGAACGACAGUCGACGCAACACGGCCACGGAAUUCAGCUACAUACUGCAGCGCCAGGGCAGCGAUGUGUCGGUCGCCGAGGCUUAUGCAUUCGAUGACUUCAACAACAUAAUGAAGAACAACCAUCAGACACAUCAGCAACAGGGCCAGCCGCAACAGCAACAGCAGCAACAGCUACAGCAACAUCAGCAGCAGCAGCAGCAACAGCAACAGCAGCAGCAGCAACAACAACAACAGCAAGCACAGCAGGAUGCCGGACUGGGGGACACGCUGUCCUCGCUGCCACAGGCAUCGUUCAACUACAUCAACUCCAUCGUGGGCAGCGGAGUCAUCGGCAUACCCUACGCCCUCCACAGGGCCGGGUUCGGACUUGGCCUCGCCCUGCUCAUCCUGGUGGCCUACAUCACCGACUACUCGCUCAUCCUGAUGGUCAGAUGCGGCCACAUCUGCGGCAGGUUCAGCUACCCGGGCAUCAUGGAGGCGGCCUACGGCAAGUACGGCUACUACUUGCUCUCCCUCCUGCAGUUCAUGUAUCCCUUCCUGGCCAUGAUAUCCUACAAUGUGGUGGUGGGGGAUACGCUGUCGAAAGUGCUGGUCCGCUUCUUUCCCUCCUGGGGCGGUUCGAUGGGGGCGGUGCGGCUGGGCGUGGUCUUCUUCGUCAACGUGGGCGUGGUGAUGCCCCUUUGCCUCUAUAAAAACGUCUCCCGACUCGCCAGAGCCAGCUUCAUUAGCCUGGCCUGCGUGGUCUUCAUCCUGUUUGCGGUCAUCAUCAAGCUCAUGUCGGGCGAUUAUAAAGUAACGGACACGGCGGAGUCGUGGCGCUUUGCCAACUCGGAUCUUAUCCCGGCCACGGGCAUCAUGGUCUUCGCCUUCAUGUGCCACCACAACACCUUCCUCGUCUACCAAUCGAUGCGCGACGCGACCCUGGAGCGCUGGGAGAAGGUCACCCACAUUUCGAUCGGAUUCGCCUGGACGGUGGCGGCCCUCUUCGGCAUCGCCGGCUACUCCACCUUCCGCGCCCUGUCCCAAGGCGAUUUGCUGGAGAACUACUGCUGGGAUGACGACCUGAUGAACUUCUCGCGUGUCCUCUUCUCCAUUUCGAUACUGCUGACCUUCCCCAUCGAGUGCUUCGUCUCCCGCGAGAUUGUGCGCGCCCUAGUCCAUCGGUUCGUGCUGAAGGAGCCCAUCAGCGAGUUCACCCAGGACAAGGACCCCAGCCUGGAGAAGGGGGCCAUCAUCGAUGAGUACUCGAAAGCCAUUACCAUGGCCAUCGUGUUCAGCGCCUUCGUCAUCUCGCCCAUGACCGACUGCCUCGGCUCGGUGCUGGAGCUCAAUGGUCUCCUGGCGGCCAUUCCCUUGGCCUACAUCCUGCCCGGGCUGGCCUACAUCCAGAUGGAGCCGCACGCCCUCCUCAGCCGCGAGAAGCUGCCCGCUCUGGGCCUGGUCGUCUUCGGAGCACUGGUGACCAUCCUGGGGGCGGCCGUCCUCCUGCCGGGACUGAUGGGCGGCGACUGCCGGUCGGAUAUUGUGAUGGGCUACUGCCGGCAGGAGUUCCAGAACGCCACCGCCUCGAAUUAAGUGGAAUGAGUACGGGAAGGGAACGGAACAAAAGCGGAAACGGAAGUCAACUCACGAGUUUACGGGGUGCGGGUUGGGAUCGUAUUUAUUGGGUUUAGUUUUCGAUUUCGGUUUGAAACCCCUGAGUUCCCCUGAGUUCGGAUAACACAGCUGCACCAGUCGCAUCGAAAGAAACUUGUACCUGAGUCCCCCAGACGUUCAAAGUAUCUGCGUAAGUAGAGUAAAGUAGGCAAAGAGUUGAGUUGUAAUGGCCACUUGGCCAACGGAUUGGUGAUACGGGCGAACCUCAGUACAAAGGCCAGGCAUUCUCUGCGAUCGAGCAAACCCUGCAUAGUUGCACCGGAUAUACAUACAUAUAUAAAUUUACUGUGUACAUUUCGUUGGAUCCCCGUUGUUGAUGUCGAUAUUGUUGAAAGUAGCGAAAGUUCCUCGAUAUAUAUGAGCGUGUAUUUUGAAGCCACAAGGCUGGGAAGGCAAAGAAUUGAGAGAGCGAAAGUGAAGCAAACUAAACCAAACUAGAACUAGAUGUUAUCCGUAGCUUUAGCGUAGUCUGAAACUAUUUGGGCACCAAUAUACACAUGCAAUCCUUAACGACAACCGACUCCCCAGUUGAGAAGCAAAUCAAAAUCGAACAAGUAUUAUACCGACAACUAUUUGUAACUAUGUAUGUAAACUAUAUACUAUAUCUAUGCCCCGACGUUACUACGUUUUAUAUAUGUAUAUGUGUACAAGGAGUAGACAACAGCGCUUUAAACCAAAACCAAAUCAAAAUCAAAAACAAAUCAAACUAUACUCUUUCCAUUAAAAACACAUCGAUUCGAACAACAGUUUUGAGUUGUUAACGGCACUGAAUUCUGUUUUGAAUUGCGUAUAUACAUACACACACAACAAACACGAUCGAAGAUUAUAUAUACACAUAGAUAUAUUUUUCUACAACUCUUGGUUUAUACUGCACGAUAUUUUGUAAAUACAUGUGUAUGCAUUUUGGAUGUGAUUAAAGUCAGUUUACACCGACACAAGCCAACACACCUUACUUACUUUCUCUUCGGGCUGAGAGAUCGGAACCAAGCUGAAGACCCAUCCACUCUGUAUUCUGUACUCUAAGAGCUUAACACUACAUAUCAUGGCCAAGGGACACGGGCUUUUCGAGGAUACUUUUUACAAGACCUAACCAACUGAAACUAAAGCUAUCGCCUAAACACAACGAAAAUGGAAACUGAAAACCGGAAGCCGGAAACUGAAAACCGGAAACUGAUAACUGAAAAACGGACGACAGCAGGAGACAAUUUCCACAGACCUCUUGUAUAUACACGCUAUAUAGAUCCGCUUGUAUCGUAUAUAGCAGUACGAUAUUCCACAUGUUCUCAUUCGCCAAAUAUCUCGUUGUAUCUCUCUUUAGCGCAACGCUACUCAAAAAUGUAUAUCAAAGUUGUAGUUGGGAAUUAGGGAGGUGUUCAGCGAUUAUAGCCGAGUUGUAAUUAUUAUUGCCGCAUUAUGCAUGUAGCGACAUAUAUAUACAUAUAACUAAUUGUUUAGAUGGGAUGCGAGCCGGGAGUCUUGAUUUACAACGCAGGCAUAACCCAGAGAUAACCAAAUCCGAUUUCAUUCCAAUAGAACAUAUGUUUAGAUAAGCUACAGCAAACCAAAAAACCAACUUGAAAUAUUCUUAAAAUAAUAAAAAAUGCAUUUUAGAAAUAUGCUAAACACUGCGGUUUCCUUAUCUCCGCAGACCGAGCUAAUUUUCUCAGGCCCUCUGCGGUUUUACUGGUGAUAAUGUAGUUCC